AUGGCUGAUCCUGUAAUUGGUGCUACUGUUCAAGUUGUGCUUGAGAAGCUGCUUUCUCUCACUAUUGAGGAGGCCAAAAGUUUAAGGAACUGCAAGAAAAAUCUCAGAAUGCUGACAGAAAAUGUAUCCAUGAUCCAAGCUUUCAUUCAUGAUGCUGAAAGACGACAAGUUGAGGAUCAGGCGGUGCAAGAAUGGCUCAAGAUGCUUGAGAGAGUUGCUGAAGAUGCUGAAUACGUGUUUGACGAAUUCAGAUAUGAAUCUCUCAAAGCAGAAGUUAUGAAGAUCCGAAACAAGCUAAUGGAAAAGGUCCGUAACUUCUUUUCUCAUACUGCUUUUAAGUGCAAAAUGUCUCGAAAAAUCAACAACAUCAAUGAAGAGUUGAGGGAUAUCAAUCAGUCAGCCAGAGGCCUCGGUCUCCAAUCACUGAUAGUUCCUUCUCGACAAAUACUACCAAUUCGAGAAACAGAUUCCAUAGUAGUUGCUUCGGAUGUUGUUGGUAGAGACAACGAUGUUGCUGAAAUAAAGAGGAAGAUGUUGAACAUCAGAGAGGGUGUUGUUCUGUGCACCAUUCCCAUAGUGGGUAUGGGGGGUUUAGGGAAAACUACAAUGGCUAAGAAAAUUUUCAAUGAUGAGGAGAUCAAGAAACAUUUUGAUAAGAGAGUUUGGUUGUGUCUACCUGAAAUGUCAGAAACAAACAAGAGCUUUCUCGAACAGAUCCUUGAAUCAUUGACAGAGAGGAAACUUGAGGUCCAAAACAGGGAUACAAUUGUCAAGAAGCUCCGAGAAGAACUCGGAGGGAACAAGUAUUUGCUUGUCUUGGAUGAUUUGUGGCGGGUUGACUCGACACUGUGGCAUGAGUUUGUGGACACCUUGAGAGGAAUAAAUACCUCCAGAGGAAACUGCAUUCUCGUGACUACUCGUAUGAAGCGGGUGGCAUCCACAGUAGCAGGAGAUCUUCAUAUGUUGGGAAAAUUAGCAGAUGAUCAUUGUUGGUCCAUUUUCAAACAAAGAGCAUUUGCUGAUGGGAAGGUUCCAGAAGAAAUGGUGAGCAUGGAAAAGAGGAUUGUUGAAAUGUGUCAAGGUCUACCCUUGGCUGCAAGUGUGUUGGGAGGCCUCUUAUGCAACAAGGAAAAACAUGAAUGGCAGGCAAUUCUUGAUGGCAACCCCCUUGUUGCAGGUGAAGAUGAUAAUGGGGAAAAUAGCAUAAAGAAAAUCCUAAAACUCAGCUAUGAUUAUCUACCAUCUCCACAUCUGAAAAAAUGUUUUGCCUACUUUGCAAUGUUUCCAAAAGAUUUUGAGUUUGAAAAGGACCAACUAAUCCAACUCUGGAUGGCAGAAGGCUUUCUUUGUCCAUGUCAAGAGACAACACAGUGA